AUGGCAGUUGAUACAACUUUUGCAUUCCUAUCCAAAAUCCCGGACCAAUGUGGUUAUUUGGUAAUUUCCGAUGGAGCUAUUGUGAAGUCUGAUGGAGAACUGAGCAAUCGAGAAGCAACAAUGGCAAUUGUAGAGAAGAUCUUAAGCAACACAAACUCAGGUGCACUGCCGAGCUCAAAAUUUUAUCAAAUCACAGUAUCCUAUACUGACCACUUUUAUACGAUCAUUGAAAGUGGCAGAUACACGUUUGUUGUUAAACGAAAACUCCAUGCGUAA